AUGGUCAGAUUAAGGAGUUUCGAGGAAGAUGCUGUGCAAAACCAGCGAAAGGAGCAAAUUGGUUGGACGAAGUAUCGCCACGUGGACCACAAGGAAUGGAAUGCUGAUGAUGCGUAUGACACGGAGGCACUUGACGUGGAGGGGGAGGCGAGGGAAGGCCCUGGGGUUGGCGAAGAGCGAGUGCUGCAGCGUCUGGUGGAGAGGCUGGAAAGCACUCCCCUGACCGCCUCCCCGCGCCACGUGUCCAGGGCAGUGCGCAGCGCGGGGGUGCGCCUCUCCCCCCGCCGUGUGGCGCUGGCAGCGCGGCUGCUCGCCAGCAGAGGCAGCUGGCGCAGGGCGCUGCUGCUCGUGCACUGGGCCGCUCGCCGCGACCAAUCACGCGUUGACAGGAAGGUGCUGACGUCGCUCAUCGCUGCACUGGGCUGGCGCUACCCCGAUGCAGUGCUGCAAGCCAUGCGACUCAUGAUGUCGCAACCCUUCACGUGGCCUGACCUCCCAGCCUACAGAGCAGCAGCAGUGGCGCUAGGAAGGGCGGGGUAUUUGCAGGAGCUGCUGCAGGUGGGCGGAGAGAGGAUGGGCAUGGGGAAUGUUGAUUCCAGAGCAGAGCAGCUGAUGCAGGAUCUCAGGGAGGGCCCCACCCGCACCAACCGCACUGCACCACUUGAAACAGAUGGCAGAGGCGCUGGCACUGGCGCUGGCGCUGGUGCUGCCAGUGAGGCUAGCAGCACAAGCAGCAGCGGCUCCAAGUCGGGUGCAGCAGGGAGCAGCUGGCUGGCGCCAGACGUGGUGGUGUACAACGCUGUGAGUGCUGCUGCCCCUCGUGAACCCCAUCCACCGCCCCUGUUCGGGUGCAGGGGGCAGCAGCUGGCUGGCUCCAGAUGUGGUGGUGUGGUGUACAACGCUGUCCUGAAUGCGUGUGGAGCGAAGAGGCAGUGGAAGGGCGUGCAGUGGGUGCUGCAGCAGAUGCGCUGCGCAGUCCUGAAUGCGUGUGGCGCCAAGCGGCAGUGGAAGGGCGUGCAGUGGGUGCUGCAGCAGAUGCGCGGCGAGGGGGUAGCUCCUGAUGCAGCCACGUUUGGGCUGGCCAUCCAAGCCCUGUCGCUGUGCAAUCAGACGCACCUGGCACUGCAGCUGCUCGCUGAUAUGGAGGCUGCUGGCUUCCCUCCCACCGUCCAAACCUACCGAGACCUGGUGCGAGUGCUGGCGGCCGCAGGGAGGGUGGAGGAGGCAGAAGCAGCAGUGAGGGAGAUGCUGCAUUGGUUGUACUUCUCACUCCCUGCUCUCUCUCCUCCCAUUCCCCUCCCUCUGCUUCCACUUGACCCUCUCUUCAGACCUGAGGAUGCGCAGCCGGCAGUGGUGACGUGGACAGGCCUGAUUCGUGCAUGCGAGCGAAGCAACCGAUUGGCCGACGCGGCCCAGGUGUUUCUCAAGAUGCAGAAGCAGGGGUGCACACCCAACAUCACCACGUGCAACAUCAUGAUCACCGUUUUUGCCCGCACGGGCAGGUUUGCUGCUGUGGAGGAAAUUUACGCCGCUGCCCGGUCGGGCGGCAAGCCUAUAAUCACGGGCAGGAAGAGGUGGAUGAGCAAAGAGGAGAGGCAGGAGGCUAGGAUGCAGCGGUUGGUGGCUAAUAACAGGAGCAGGAGAAGGCUGAUACGAGCAGGGAAAUUGGAGAGAGGAGGAAAGGUGGGCGAGGGAGCAUAUGCGGUUGGGGUUGGGGAAGCAGGGGAAGAGGAAAGAGAGGGGAGAACACGAGAGGAGGAAGAAGAGGAAGAGGAGGUGGAGGAGGAGGGCGAAGUGGAGGCCGUUGGGGAGGCGAUGACAAGCGUUGGGGAGAUCAGCAAGGGUGGAGAGAAUGAGGAGCAAAGCAGAGAGGAGAGCGGGGAAGACGAGAGGGACGAGGGCAACGAGGUUGAGAAGGUGUGGUUCGGGAGGAGGCGGGAGGACCCUCCACUGGUGCCCAAUGGCCACACGUUCGCAGCCAUGCUGGGAGCGUGCGUGCGGUGCCGGCAGUGGCAGGCCGUGAGGCAGGUAGCAAGAGAUAUGCAGCGGGCGGGGUGGCCCCUGCAGGUGCGGCAGCACGGGUGGGUGGUGGACGCGCUUCUCAAGGGCAAACAGACAGUCAUUGCUGACGAGCUGCUGCUUGCCAUGCGCGGGGGGUCGCAGUCACAUGUGGACCCACACCUCGAUAGGGUGACAGCUGAGGGGGCUUCUGGGCUUGCUAACAACCAGCAGGACCCCGGUUGUGCAAAGAGCGAGGAUUCAGGAGGUGUGGGCAGGGAGGGGAGUCAACGCAUGGUUGAGAGUGUGGGUGGGGAUGAGAGUCCUUCUGGGACAGGUGAGAGCAUGAGAGAGGAGGAGCAGAGGAGGGCAGCGGCACAGCAGCAGCUUGAGUUGCUGUCGGCACUAACUGAGUCCCAUGCGCCACUGGAUGGCUUUGCGUGGCGCUAUGCAGUGGCAUCGGUGAGCGGCGGUCUGACGGGGGCAGGGGUGGAGGAGACUGUGGGAGUGAUGGACGCCUGGGGGAGGGCUGUGGAGGGGAGAGGUUUGGAGGGGAUGGGUUUGGAAGGCGGGAUGGUAAACGGGGAGGUGGUAAGUGGAGGAGGCAGAUCUGGGAUUGCCGCAGGUGCUGAUUCAGCAGUUGUGGAGUCAGGGUUUGCUGAGUCAUCAGGCGUUGAAUCAGCCAGGUUACAGGGAGAGCCAACAGAGAGGGAUUCUGUUGGUGCUGCUGCUGCUGUUGCAAGUGGUGUUGCUAAUGCUGCUGGUGCUAGUGGUGACGCUGGUGCUGCUGGCGGUGCUGCAUCUCCUGCUUCCCUUGAAGCCUACCCUGCAUCCUCUCCUGCGGUGGACCCUGGUGUGCUGGCCGACCUUGUAAGGGGGCUGCUUAUAGGGGGGAAGACGGAGGAGGUUCGAGUGGCGUUGCGAUUGGUUGACCGGAUGGAGAAGGAAGGGUGGGUGGCAGACGCCGGCAUAUACACCAGCCUGCUGCACCGGACCGUCAGGCUGGGGAUGGGAGCUGAGGCUCGGGAGGUGCUGGCUCGGGCCGAGGCAGCAGGUGUGAAGGUUGAGUACGAUGAGCUGGAAUUGAGUGACUCUGUAGGGGGUACGGCUAGGGAGGGGGGAGAGAGAGUGGGAAGAGGAUGGCAAAGAGGGGAGGGAGAUCGGGUGGACGAGCCAUCUGCUUGGGACAUUUUGAAAAUGGUGGCCGUUGCCGCCAUGGAUCAACACAUAUCAGCCGUGCACGCCCCUGUAAGUGCUGGCAGCACCGGUCCAGCGCCCUGCUCCCUGUGUGGAGAGCCCAUGGAGCGGCGGCUACUGCCAGAGCACGAGUCGUCAGCAUGCCCCCUGCGCUCCCUGAUAUGCCCCUACUGUGACCUCCCUGUCACCGCCAUGGACCUCCAAUCUCACGCUGACGUGUGUGGCAGCCGUACAGACCCGUGUGACAUCUGCAGCAAGUACGUGCGAAAGAGAGAGCAAGCAGCCCACCAGCAGCAGCACCUCUUGCAACCAUCACUCCAUGCUGCCACUCCCAGAACCAGCAGAGAUGCUGCCGGCACUGGUUCAUCUCACCGCACUCGAGAGGCUCGCAAUGUUCCGAAUGGUGGUGGUGCUAGUGGUGAUAGUGGUGGUGGUGGUGGUGGUGGGGGGUCUGGGGGGAUCGGAAGGCCGGUCGGGGAGAUGCUGCAGCGGAACAAGGCGAAGACGGUCGAGGUGCUCGAAAAGCUGCAGUCGUUUGGUGUGGCUGGCGUCCUCUCUUAUGGCCUCUUCAAUACAGUCUACUACAUUUUCGCCUUCCUCUUCGUAUUUCUCUACGCGGCCCCAUCCCCACGAGGCUUGGGCUUCGCAGCAGCAGCAAAGAACUUUCUCAAGGUCUUUGCGGUGGUGUGGGCGGGCAGUCAGGUCACCAAGCUUGUGCGCGCAGGCGGUGUUCAGUUCACUCACUGGCGCCUCACUCCAUCCCUCAACCCCACCCCUUCCCACAGGGCACUGAUGCUAGCGCCCUUCAUGGAAAGAGGUAUAGCGGCUCUCUCCUCCCCCACGGGCCUGUUCAAGUCCCGAGGCCAGGCUGUGGCAGCCAUUGUCACAUUCUGCUUUGGUCUCGCUGGGGUGCUCUUUCUUGCAGUCACUGCACUCUGGGCUUGA